CUUCUCCUCCGGGACCUGAUCCUGGGCGUGUUGGGCAUCUCUGCCUUCCUCUUCCACUUGGGCUCCGCCCUGUGGGCGGUGAGCCAGUAUGUGCUCAGCGGCCGCUACCUGUGGGCCGCGCUGGUGUUGUCGCUGCUGGGUGUCGCCUCGGUCGCACUUCAGGUCUUCAGCUGGGUCUGGCUGCGCGCCGACCCCGCCGACCUGCACUCGUCUCAGCUCUCCGCGCGCUGCCUGGCGCUGCUCCACCUCCUGCAGCUGGGCUACCUGUACAGGUGCAUGCAAGGGCUGCAGCAGGGGCUGUUGGUGUGGCAGCAGGAGACUCCCUCCCCGUUCGACUUGGCCUACGCCGACUUCCUCUCCCUGGACAUCAGCAUGUUGCGGCUGUUUGAGACCUUCCUGGAGAAGACGCCGCAGCUCACGCUGGUGCUGGCCAUCGUGCUGCAGAGCGGCCAGGCCGAGUACUACCAGUGGCUUGGCAUCUGCACGUCCUUCAUGGGUAUCUCAUGGGCACUGCUUGACUACCACCGGGCCUUGCGCACCUGCCUCCCCUCCAAGCCUGUCCUGGGGCUGGGCUCUUCUGUGAUCUACUUCCUGUGGAACCUGCUGCUGCUGUGGCCCCGAGUCCUGGCUGUGGCCCUGUUCUCAGCUCUCUUCCCCCGCUACGUGGCUCUGCACUUCGUGGGCCUGUGGCUGGUGCUGCUGUUCUGGGUCUGGUGUCAAGACACCAAUUUCAUGCCAGACCCCCGCUCCGAGUGGCUCUACCGGGCAACGGUGGCCACCAUCCUUUACUUCUCCUGGUUCAAUGUGUCUGAGGGUCACACUCGAGGCCGUGCCACCAUCCACCUGGUGUUCCUCCUGAGUGACAGCGUUCUCAUGGUGGUCACCUGGGUGACGCAAAGUGCAUGGCUGCCCAGUGGGAUCCUGCUGCAGAUGUUGCUGCCCGUGGGCGGCACCAGCUUCCUUCUGGGUCUGGUUCUGCGGCUUGUCUACUACCGCUGGCUGCACCCCAGCUACCCCUGGGAGCCUGACCAGGUGGACGGGACAACCGCCUUCCGCUCCCUCGAGUACUAUCAGCUGCCUCAGAACAGGCGCAUGGACCAUUUGGCUCAGAAUUUUUUCUCCAAGGCUAGGGAUGAGGCUGCUUUGCCAUGGCCGGGGGAGGUCAAUGGCGUCCUUUGAGGCAGGGUCGGACCCAGCCAGGGGACAGAAGGACACAUGCAAUCAAUCGUUAGAACGCAGGAGAAGAUAAGCUAAUUGUGCUGCUAUGAGCCUUGACUCACUCACCAAGCACUUGCUGCCUGAUCUUGCCAGGCACUGGAGACUAGAGUUGAAUAAGACAGAGGCCUGCCUUCAAAGAUCAGAAGAAGAUGAGGAGGACCGCACCCUAGAGGGUCAAGAGCCUCAAUUGUACACAAAACACUUGGAGAGGACAGAAGAGACCCCCUUUUCUUUUCCUUCCAACCAGUAUAUCUGGAGCCCAAAGCACCCCAGUGUUGGUGUUUUCACCCAAAUAAUUGGUGGAGGUGCUCUCCCAGCCCUUGGGUCCCCUAUCCUGGAAGCCAUGGAUGCCCCAAUUGGCUGACCUCCAUCAACCCAUCCAAGGCCUUAGUGCAGCUGGCCCGGCCUCUGCCCCUGCUCUCAAGGGGCUGCCUUUUAACCAGGUGCCUUGUUAACCUGUGGUCUGGGCCAUAGCUCAGCCCAUAGAGUAUAUGUUUUAUACGUUAGACCAGUGGUUCUCAACCUUUCCCUUUAAAUACAGUUCCUCAUGUUGUGACCCAACCAUAAAA